UAAACCCUAAUCGGAUUUUAUCUCUUUGUCUUCUGUCUCUCCUCUGUCUUUGCGCUUAAACCAAAACCCCUCUUCUUUUCUGUCCCCCUGUAAUUAUUAUCUUCUCGUUGUCCGAAAAAAACCCCUUCCAUCUCUCUCUCCCCGAAACUAGGGUUUCGUUUCUCAGUUACUCCUCUCCGCCGUCUCUUACCUUCUACGGAAAAAAUGCUCCGGUAAAAAAGCAACGAUGCAGAAGAUUCUUUGCAAGACAACCACCACUUGCUCAACCCCUCCGGUUAACUCCCUCGCCGCCGGUUUAAUCUCCACGCAAACCAUAGCCAUACCCUCUCUCCUCUCCCUAGGCUUCAAAACCUUCUCCACUUCCUCUAUGCCGCCGCUUCCCCCGACGACGUCGACGGGUUCUAUCUCAAUAAACGGCGCCGUUUUCUCCGGGACUCUCCAGAGCAACUGUAUUCACCGAGCGGUUGUAUCUUCGGUUCGAUUCUCAACCUCUUGCCGCUGCUCAAUCGGUAGUAGCAGGAGCCGAGCCUGGGCCGGUAGAAGCGGGAGGACGUGGCGUUCGUGGCUCCACUCCGAAUCUAACGGCGGUUUGAGCUCCGUUAACGCCGUUGCUGACGGCUCCGACGGGGAUAACGGAGAGAAAGAUUUAACGGAUAAGGAUGAAAAUGAAAAACCGGUUAGGGUAAACCGUCGUAACCGGAGCAGCUCAAGCGAGUUAACCGGUAAUCCGGAUUUGCUGAAGAUCCCUGGUGUAGGCCUCAGGAACCAAAGAAAGCUUCUUGAUAACGGUAUCGGAGGUGUCGCUGAGCUCAAGAAGCUCUACAAAGAUAAGUUCUGGAAGGCAAGCGACAAGAUGGUUGACUAUCUCCGCAGCUCUAUCGGUAUCAUACACAGAAACCACGCGGAGAGCAUCACAACGUUUAUCAAAGAGAGUGUGGACGAUGAGCAGCUCAAGGAGCCUGCUAAUACCAACGCCAAGAAGCGUUUGACGUUUUGUGUGGAAGGGAACAUUAGCGUAGGCAAAUCAACUUUCUUGCAGAGGAUAGCUAACGAGACUAUUGAGUUGCGUGACCUUGUCGAGAUAGUUCCUGAGCCGGUUGAUAAGUGGCAAGACGUUGGACCUGACCAUUUCAAUAUACUAGACGCUUUCUACUCCGAGCCUCAGAGGUAUGCUUACACUUUCCAGAACUAUGUGUUCGUCACGAGGCUGAUGCAGGAGAAAGAGUCUGCUUCUGGGGUUAAGCCUCUCAGGUUGAUGGAAAGGAGUGUCUUCAGUGACAGAAUGGUGUUUGUGAGAGCGGUUCAUGAAGCGAAGUGGAUGAACGAGAUGGAGAUAAGCAUAUACGACUCGUGGUUCGAUCCCGUCGUCUCUGCUUUACCUGGACUUGUACCUGAUGGGUUUAUAUACCUGAGGGCGAGUCCAGACACUUGCCACAAGAGGAUGAUGCUGAGGAAACGUGCGGAGGAAGGUGGAGUGUCGCUGAAGUAUCUGCAGGAUCUGCACGAGAAGCAUGAGAGCUGGCUACUACCGUUUGAGAGUGGGAACCAUGGGGUGCUCUCCGUUAGCAAACCGUCUUUGCAGAUGGAUAACUCUCUCCAUCCUGAUAUCAAAGACCGUGUCUUUUACUUGGAAGGGAAUCAUAUGCAUUCUAGCAUCCAGAAGGUGCCUGCUCUGGUUUUGGACUGUGAGCCAAAUAUUGACUUCAGUAGAGAUAUUGAAGCAAAGAGACAGUAUGCAAGACAAGUUGCUGAGUUCUUUGAGUUUGUGAAGAAGAAGCAAGAAACGUCACAAGAGCAGUCGCCGUUGUUGAUGCCACCUCAUAAUGGAGGUCUCUGGAUGGGACCAGAAGGGAAGCAUGUCCCGGGACUAGAACUCCCGUCUCUGGAUUUCAGGAAGGCCAUGUCGCUCAUAACCAGACCGUCUGCGUGAGACUGUCCCCCUCACGGACUCAGUUUUUUUGUUUUGUUUGCUCUGAAGGAGCAUUGUCCGGGUUAUCAUGGAAUGUCAAUAGGUAUUGUCGGCUUUAUGUUUCGUUUGUUUUAGGGAACUUCUCUCAACGGUUUUUACCCCUCUCUUAGUUUAGUUAUAACCCUUUUGUGUAGAGAAGAUUGAUGAUGUCUGGAUAAUUUUGGUUUAAGUGUUCUGUUUCUUGAAAUC